CCCUGUUUACUUACAUCUUCCCAUAUGGUGACUUUGGAAAAUUCCUCCCUGCAUAGAAAAGGACAGGAAAUUCUCUUUGGGAGAGAAGUUGAUUUUUUUUUCUUUCUUUCUCUCUCUCUCUCUCCCCCCUCCCUUACUAGUUCUGCUGAUCACAUCUGGAAAGCCUCUGACUCGGGAAAGGGGGAAAGUGUUCGGCACUCGGCGUGCAUAAUUGAUAUGGCAUGAGCAAACGGAGCCUUUGGUGGGGGGGACAAGAGAGACACUUUUUCCAGACACUUCCAUCACUGUCCACAAAGUCGAGUGGAAAUGUUCCUGAAGUUCCUAUUCCUGUUUCCCGUGCUGUGGCUAUUGGUGUUUAACUUCAGCAGGAUUCAAGGCCAGAACAACGAAGACAGCAACGAGUUCCCAGAAAAUUCCCCUGAGCUACUCAGUCAGCAACAUAAUUCCUUGGCUCCAGAUUGUCCUAAAAAAUGCACUUGCAACUCGGAAGGGAUUGUGGAUUGUGGUGGAUUUUCACUGAAAGAAUUUCCCAUGGAUGUCCCAGAAAUGACAAGCCACCUUUCCUUACAGAACAACCAGAUAGAAAAAAUAAUUCCAGAAGAGCUUGCACGUCUCCAUAAACUAGAAACACUGAAUUUACAAAACAACAGACUGACAUCCAAAGGACUUCCAGAGAAUACAUUUGACCAGCUGGAGAAUCUGAAUUACCUGUACCUUGCAAAUAACGAGCUCACAGUGGCUCCAAAAUUCCUUCCACGGACUUUGAUCAGUGUGGAUUUUGCUGCCAAUAAUCUCACUAAAAUUUAUGAUCUCACGUUUGGACAAAAACCAAACCUGAGGUCAGUCUACCUUCACAACAAUAAGCUUGAUGAUGCCGGAUUACCAGAAAGCAUGUUCAAUGGUUCUGACAAUGUGGAGGUCUUGAUCAUGUCCAGCAACUUCUUAAAAUAUGUUCCAAAGAAUCUUCCACGAGCAUUGUAUAAGCUACAUCUUAAGAAUAACAAAUUGGAGAAGAUUCCUGCAGGAGCUUUCAGUGAGCUGUCAGAACUUCGAGAGAUAUAUUUGCAGAACAAUAAAUUAACCAAUGAGGGGAUGGACAAUGAAACCUUCUGGAAACUCUCAAGCCUUGAGUACCUGGAUUUGUCUAGCAAUAAUCUUUCCCAGAUCCCACCUGGUUUGCCUCGAAACAUUGUUCUUCUCCACUUAGAGAAGAAUUCAAUAAGAUCAAUUGGCAAUGAUGUCUUGACCCAAAUCAAGAACCUGGAAUAUCUACUGCUUCACAAUAACAAACUGAAGGCCCACGAGAUCCAUCCACUGGCUUUUCAUGGUCUGAAGAAAUUGCACACUGUUCAUUUAUAUAACAACCUGCUGGAAAAAAUCCCCAGCGGGCUGCCCAGACGAGUAAAAACUCUUAUGAUUCUCUACAACCAGAUUUCAGAAAUUGGCAGGGAGGAUUUUGCUACCACUUAUUUAAUGGAGGAACUAAACCUGAGUUACAAUAAGAUCACUAGCUCAAAGAUUCAUCGGGAGUCUUUCCGUAAACUGAGGCUACUGAAGUCCUUGGAUCUUUCUGGCAAUAAACUCCGCACCAUGCCUUAUGGCUUCCCCAAGAAUUUGCAAAGCCUGAAGUUAAAAAUGAAUUUGAUCAGCUCCAUUCCCAAGGGCACACUUUCUGGAAUGUCAAAGCUACAGGAGCUGUAUCUGAGCGCCAAUAAAUUGAAAAUCAGUUUAAUUCACAGUGGAUCAUGGAGAGAUCUCACCAGUCUUAAGAUACUGGACAUGGCUGCCAAUCAUCUGACUUCCAUUCCAUCUGGUUUACCAGAAUCUCUUGAAUAUCUGUAUCUUCAGAGCAACAAGAUCAGCACUGUGCCAGAGGAUGCUUUUGACUCCACCCCCAAUAUAAAGGGAAUUUAUCUCAGGUUUAACAAGAUUGCGUUCAGUGCUGUGAAAGAAAGCACCUUCCAAAGACUGAAGCAUCUGCAAGUGCUGGACAUUGAAGGAAACUUUGAAUUCAGUGACCCUUUGAAAAAUGAGGAUCAUUCAGAUGAGGAAAUGGAGGAAGAGGAAGAGGAUUAAUGGGAAGUGGAGUUAAAAUGAAAACACAUCUUUACUGACCCAAGCAUAUCACAUGGUAGAAGAUUAAGUUACAUGCUUUUCUAAGGACACACCUAAAUUAUCUCAUUUACUCAACCCACACUUUUGUGACAAAAACAAAGCUCUUUAUGGCCCCAUCCCAUGAAUGGCUAAGUUAGCAAAUAAACAUAUAAUUCACAAGUCUACAACAUCAUAAUUGGUGACAUCAAGUAAUAAGGAUAGUAUAUCUGCAUUGGCACAGCAGUGUCACAUCCGUCAUGGCUUUCAAGCUACAUCACACCACAGGUUGAUUCUGCGCUGACCAGUUCUGGAUUUUGUGGCUCAGAUAUAUUGUAUUUACUUGAUAGGAAGACAAAAUGUGUUUUGUUUUGUUUUUCUCAUCCAAUUAAUUAUCUGUAUAUUGGAAGGGAGAAUGUCUUAGCAUUGACUGAAAGUAAAGGAGACUCUCCUUUAAAAGCAGCAAACAGAUGGGAAGUGAAAAUAUCUGUAACAGAGAAGUAUCUACUCCACCCCACCCCAUCCCACCCCUGUGCAACAUAUAUUCUCCUCCAUUCAUACAGCAAAAAUAAUUCCUCACUCCUCUGAAAAAACUGGUGACAUCACCAUCUCAUUACCUGAAGACCUCCUGUGGCCCACAAGAUGGUUAGCAAGAUGAAUUUGUGGCCUCCCAGACUGAAAAAUGCUGCCCCAGUCUAAAGGCCCAUGAAAGUAUCUACAACAUUUUUAAAGAAGCAUGUCAAUGACUGAACUGCAGAAAUGGGCAACCAAUGGGCCUCCCUAUACUGCUGAAUUAAAAUACUGUAUCACUCACCAUCUGCCAUCUUAGUUAAGGCACUAGAAAUUGAAGGUCACUACCAUCUGGAGAGCCACACUGACCGUUCUUGCUUUAGUUGUAAAAUGGUUAAAUAUGUGAGUUACUUUGGCUAUGUGCAUUUCAGAGUAUUAUUCACUCUGAGUCACUGGGUAGACCAGGCUUUAUAAAAUUUAAACAAAUUACUAGCAUGAUCAGCUUUUAAGUGGCUGUCUCCUAGUUGCAACUUGAAUUUGUUGUUUGGCUGAUUGCAUUUUGAAUGGUAGCCACUGAUAUUAUGGACUGGGAUACAAAUGAAAUAAACGAUUUCCUCCCUACAGAUUUAUAGCAUUGCUGGAGUGACAAAUCACUAAUAAAAUGCUCUAAGUCACCAGUGAACAAAUGGUCAAAUAAAUUCUAGGGUGGGAUAAAAUGUAAUGAUUACAUAAAUACCAUUUUGAUUUCAUAUUCAUCAGGAACUAAUUCAGCAAAAUGGAAUGUCUCCUUGGAUUGCCUAUCUGUCUCAGUCUGUUUCUCCCUGACGGUCCAUAAAGAUACAAAGCACUUAACAGGAAACGCAUCCCAUGAAAGUAUUCAGCCUUUCUGAUCCUUUGCCAAGCUAAGCCAAGACAGUCUGCUAAUAUCAGGGCAGUGGGGUGACCCUCCUCAAGUCUUAUUAUUUCUAUUUCAUUUUUUUUGAAGUGCUUCUUGGGUCAUCAGGGAUUUUGUGAAAAUUUACAAAAGCUGGCUUUUGUUUACUUAAAAAAAAAAAAACUCCCACCAUUUUCACUUAUUAAUAAAAAUUAGACUCUUUAGAGUUAAGGCCCCAAUGCAAGGUUACUGGGUCAAUGCAUUUCAUCGAACAGCUACACUGAAUCAUGGAAGGAGGGGAGCAUCUCCUGUGGCUUCACUGUAAGUCCAGCGUGAGGCACCUCAGCCAUCAAACAGCAGCCAGUUCAGCAUUGUCGCAUUGGACACCUGCUCAGUAUGUAUAUAUUUGGAUUUUAAGAAAGGAAUUCUAUUAUGGCUGGAUCCCAUUUUUUAAUUUAUCCCCUUUCCCAAAGCCAGAAAUAUGCCUCACCUGAAGACUUAAAAUACCAAUUUAUUCUGUUUUGUGAAAAUUAAAAUAUAUGUUUGCUUUUGA